CAACGACUAUUCCUGAGCGUAGAAAAGAAUCCAACCGCCAGAGCGUUCCCUUUUCCCCUAUAAAAGGAAUCUCAUACGCUUCAUGCCUGUUCAAGGUACUCGAAACGGCCCUUUUAAAACCGAUAGAGGAAUUCCAAGAUCUCUCGAAAUCGGCAAGCAAAAUUUAAGAUCCAAAAUUGAAUCAGAGAUUUUUGGAUUUUCGUUCCUUAGAUUGAUUCUUUUGCUUUAGAUUUCAAAACCCACAAAGGUUUUUACUCCAAUUUCUAUUUAGGGUUUCUGGGUGAGAGAAUGGACGAUCAAUCCCAAAUGAUGAAUCCACUGCAGUUGAUGAGUCAGGCACAGAUGAUGAGUCAACCUCAGGUAAUGAAUCCGGUUCAGCCUCAGAUUUUGAACCAGAAUCCGGCGGCUCUGGUUCAAUCUCAGGCCAUGAACCAGCCUCCUCACCAGGUGUUGAACCCGGUUCAGUCUCAGUCUCAGAUGAUGAGCCAUGGUGGACCAAUGAACCAGCAGCAACCUCCGAUCAUGAUGAUGAUGAAUAAUAGAAGCUACAAGCCGUGGCCACCGCAGCAACAGUCUUCAAUGGAUGCGAACAAGAAGUUCCAGAAUCAACAAAACCCUUUGAAGUUCAAUAAUAAUAUUAGUAAUAACUUUCUCCCUUCAAAACCCAGAAGCAACACUAAUUGGAAGGGCAAAAAUAUCAACAAGGACCAGAGAAGAAUGGAAAAGCCCAUGUCAAAUAAACCCAUUAUCUCAAAUUCCGCCUUGGCUGCCGGCGGACCUAGUGGUGCCAGUGGUUACAAGCCCCCUAGCCUGAAUGAACUCCAAACCCAAAACCGAAUGAAAGCUCGAAAAUACUAUCACCCAAAGAAAAAGUUCAACAAUCGGUUUGCUCCUUUUGCGCCCCGAAACACAACGUCUUUUAUUAUCCGUGCGAAAAAAGCCGGAGGCAUCGCAUCCUUAGUAUCCCCUUGUCCGGUGACCCCUGCUGUUUUGCCCACUCCGAUAUUCUCGCCGUCAAGGGAGGUAUUGGGUGACAUGGCAAAGGAAGAAUGGGGUGUUGAUGGAUAUGGGUCCAUGAAGGGUCUGAUAAGACUGAGAUCACCUGGAAAUGAAGCGGAGGUUAAUGAUGAGGAGGAGGAAGAUGAGGGGAAUGGGUCGAGUGAGAGUGAUGUCGAAGAACAUGUGGAGGUGGAAAGGAGAUUGGACCAUGAUUUGAGUAGGUUUGAGAUGAUUUACCCGACUUAUGGAGGUGGGGAUUGUAGUUACAACAAUGUCUUGGAGAAUAGGGUGGAUGAUCAAGAUACCCAUUUAGCACAAUUGGAAGAAGAGAACUUGACAUUGAAAGAGAGAUUGUUUCUAAUGGAGAGGGAGUUGGGGGAUUUGAGAAGGAGGUUGCAGUUCUUAGAGAUGCAGCAAGGUCAGGGAAGCAUGCCUGUGGAAGAUGUUAAUGAGGAGGUUGUGGAAAAUGUUUCUGAGAAGGAUGAAAAUGAGAAUGGGAGUGAUGGAGGAUCGGAUGUUGGUGCAACUGGAAAUGAGAAUAAUGAGGAGGCGGAGUAUGUGGGUGGAAAUGUGGAAAAUAGUAGCGUCAGAAAUGAUAUUAAGGGGAGUCAUGAUGUUUGUAUGGAAGAGACUGUAUAUUAUAAUGAUGAAAUUGGGAAGGAUGCGGUCAAGAAUAAAAUUUCGGGAAGUGAGGAUAAGGAGGUUGAGCCAAAAGGCGAGGAAGUGGGGAAUAAGAUAGAAAUGGAAAAUUUGAUUGCAAAGGAGGAGGAGGAGUUGUCGUGAUAGUUUUGUGAUUGAGAUUGUGCAGGACAAAGUGGCCGAAGUAAAGGAUGAAGAAUCAAACUUAGGGAAGAGCAUUGGCAGCGGUGACUAAUCUAGUUGUCCCGUGUUAAUGUAAGUCUCUUCUCUGAAAAAAUAGAACAUUUCACUUGUCUCUUUGCACACUGGAUAUUUGGCACUCUAUGUAGAUGUAGUUUGGUUUUAUUUUUGUUUGUGAUUUUAUAUUUUGUUGAUCAAGGGGGAAGUAAGGAAGAACUGAAAUAUACUCUCUCUUUUUCCUUGCUUUGGCAUAACAAAUGUAGUAAGUAGUUUCAUGGUUUGUUUCCUUUUUUUGGGCCGCUUUGGGUUGGGGGUAUUUGAGGUAGUGGCCUUCUAGAUGGGUGGGAAGUUUGUGUUGAGGUUCAUUCUGUUAGAAGUAUAAAUCUCUAUGUAGCAUUUUCUUUCUCUGGUGUUUGAAUAGAACCUCAAAUGCUAAGCUAAUUCCUGGACCAUGAUGUAUGGACUUUUCUUAUCUUUAAUGCCAUAUAACUACUUUAGUGCA